CCUCCAAGCCCCAUGGAUCAGGUUGGGAAGAUACGUGGCCAGCCUUAUGGAGGACCUAACCCCUACUCGCCGCAUCAGCAAGGGCCCCCUGGAGGGCCCGGACCCCAGCAAGGAAGCUCUUACCCAGGACAGGGCUAUGGACCUCCAGGGCCUCAGAGGUACCCCAUGGGAAUGCAGAACCGCACAACUGGUGCCAUUGGCAGCAUGCUGUAUGGACAGCAGAUAUCUGCAUAUGGACAGCAGGGUCCGGGAGGCUACAACCAGCAGAACCAGGGCUACUAUGGUCAACAUGGCCCCCCGUCUCACCCUAGCCAACAGCAACCUUCAUAUCCUGGCCAGACCCAAGGCAGCUCUGGUACUCCCUACCCUCAGCAGGGCCACCCAUCUCAACCGUCUGGGCAACAUGGGCAGCCGGGGACCCCUUACCAACAGACCCAAGUUACCCAUGGCUCUGUUCCAAGUCCGUCCCCCUACAGCCAGCCCCCACAGUCUCAGCCCGGACAGUCACUUUAUGCUCCUCCCCAGCAGCAGCCUCAACAACAGCAGCAGGGUCCUGGUCCCCAAGGUCAGCAGGGCCCUCAGGGCCAACCUGGAUACCCACAGACACCUGGAGGGGCGCAGCCACCACAGCAGCCAACCCCACAGCAGCAGCAGCAAGGACCCCUGCAGCAACAAGCAGGAGGUCCACCUUCUCAAGCCCAGCAGCCCCCAGGUCAUGUCCAGCAGAGUCAACAAUCACCUUACUCCCAGACGCCGCCCCUGCAACAACAACAAUCACAGCAGCAGUCACCGUAUCAGAGGUUCCCCCCUCCCCCACAGGAACUGUCCCAGGACUCGUUCAGCUCCCAGUCCAGCGCUCCUCCCUCCAACCAGCCUAACAAGGCAGCUCAGGAGGACAGCAUGCAGGGACGGCCGUCCAGUCUGCCGGUGAGACAUCUUUUACUUUCAGGUUGUCUUCCUCUCUGAUGAGUUGCGCUGACCACAGACUGAAUAACACAUUUU